CAUUGAUCCAUUACUGAUAAAAAAAAAUAUUCGGAUGCGCUAGAGAGGAGGAGAAGCAGGCAAGCAGCAAUGGCAGCAGCAAUCGACGACUCGUGCAGGAGACCAGGCUCGAUCCCGUUCAAGUGGGAGAUCUGCCCGGGGACGCCCAAGCACGCCAGGAGCAGCAGCGCCAGCGCGGCUCCGUCGUCGUCGUCGUCGCCGUACUACUCGUCCUCCUCCGCCACCGCCUCCGUCUCCAAGGUAGCGGUGUCGCCGAAGCUGACGCCGCCCCCGGCCAUGUCGCCGUCGCCGUACCACUCCCCGCGCGUCUCCUACUACCCGGCGCGCUCGGCGUCCGUGUCGCCGUCCCGGCGCCGCGCGCCGCACCGCCCCACCGCCUUCCUCGACGUCAACCCCCGGGUCGCCCCCACGUACCGCGCCGGCGCUGCUGAGGCUGAGGACGACGAGGUGGCGGUGGCGCCGGCCGGCAGGUGCUUCCCGCUCCCCGUGUUCCGGAGGCGGGACGGCAGGAAAGGUGCCCGAAGGACGUCGUCCGGGACAGGGACGGCGUCCGCGACGAGCUUCAGGUCGGACGGCACGGCGCCGGGCGGGCUGCGGCGGUCGGCGUCGACAUCCUCGUCGUCGUGCCUGUCUCUGUCGUCCAGGAGUAGCGGUAAGUUGGCCGAGGCCAGGGAGGUGGAGGCCACCGGUGGCUGGUUCUACUGAGAUGGCCGGCGAAGGGCAACCAACGAUGAGAGUUCGAGAAGAUUGUUGUUUGUAUUUGUGUACGUUAUAGCGCGUGAUGAAUUUUACCUAUACAUCGAACCCCAGCAAAGGUCGGUGGUGGUGCCACCGCUUUUGGCUGGAGACGUACUGCUGUUUGUAUGCGCAGGUAGAGUUCGUGUACUAUGAAACAGUUACUCCUCUUGAUAAUUAGGUGCUGUUUGAUUUACAAAAUGUAACAUAAAUGGUAAUGACAAUGAUUCACACUC